ACAUUUGAUCACUCUUCUUCCUUCAUUCAAUAAACUCAUUUUAUACAAAGAUAAACUUCACGUUAUUGUGCUUUGUACUCAUAUUAUAUUGUGAAAUUUGAAGUGCUUUUCAAACAGAAAAUAUAUUUUACUUAGCAAAUCACCACCUAAGAUACUUUCUGUGCGCGUGAUAAGAUAAAUCAUAAGUGCAUUGUUUGUAAAAUUAAAGUACAAGUGAAAUGGCAACUAAUCCUGGGCCUCCUGCCCCUGGGCCUUCCGCCCCAGAUGACUUGCCCCCACCAUAUUCAGCCGUGGUGGGCAAUCCACAUUACGGCUUCGUUGCGCCACCAGGAGAACCGUUUUCGGCUCCUGCAGGACCUUAUCCUCAACCAAAACAAUUCACUCCCACUGGAGUAUAUCCUCACCCGCCUAAUAUAGUGACUUCUUCUCAGCCACAAGCAGGUUCUAUGCCGCCGCCUCCUCCGGGGAUGCCUGUGAAUAUAUUAGUGCCGCCCGCAGUGGGCACGGAGCCUACUACAAUCAACUGCUUCAACUGUGGCAAAGUGGUAACUACAAGAGUUGUGUAUACAACAGCCUGGCACACACAUCUUGUAGCGGGAUCUAUCUGUGUGAUUACAAUGGUCUGCUCGCUGUGCUGUCUGGGCCUUGUUCCAUACUGCUUCGAUACAUUCAAAGAUGCCGAGCACUACUGUCCCAAUUGUAAUACUUUUAUAGGAAAGAGCAACAAGUGCUAGGGUGGAAUAAUGUGUUAGGGUGGAAUAAAAAAUCAAAGUGUUGAUUGGCUAUAAUACUUCUAAAUGAUAUUUCUUAUUAGUUAUAACUAUUGUUCUUGUAAAAAAAUCUUUGCAAUUUCUUAAUGUAGAAAUUAGGCUAAAGAAAGUCCAAAUUAUUACUAUUAUUAUAAGCAUGAUACAGGUUUAUUUUAAAUGUUUUUAUUUUCAAAUAUGAGAUAUGUUACAAAUAAUUAUUUUGUGCUAGAAGAAAUAAUUCUGUUCAGUUCUUUGAAUAAAAAAGUUAAAUACUAAGCACUUUGCAUUUGGGAGUUUUGUAACACUGGUUCUGAUCAUUUCCCAUUAGUAUAAUGUAAUCAAAACAUUAUUUCAUAGAAUUUUCCAUUAAAUAAUAUCUUGAUUCUGGAAAACAAUUGCAGUAAUAUUAAUAUGUUUACGAUCAGGUUCAACUUAUUUAUUUUUCAUUUACUCCAGUAGGUAGUCCUCACAUUAAAUAAAAUAUGAAGCAUCAUUCUGAGAUUGUUGUCACAUCACAUCUGCCUUUUGCUGUUAUAAUGUUCUUUGGGUACAUUAUAAGUUAAUUAAGUGAAAAAUAUAUUACAAUGUAAAUAAUGUACAUGGCCUGACAAUAAAACUUCUACUCAAUUGUUGAACAUACUAGCUUUGUUUUUGUCUAAUAAAAAUUUGUAUUCAAAAAUUUUUUUUAUAUUGCAUGUGGUAUAAAGAUUUAUUAAUUGAUACAUACAAUUUUUGGUUUUACUGAUAAAAUUUCAUGUCUGUAGCUAUCUCAACUAUAUUUUUAUAUUUUACUAAGUCUCAUUGAAAUUUUAUGUAGCAAUUGGCAGUGGUUUGUAUUAUAUUAUAUAAUGACAGCAACUAUUUUGAAUUCAACAAGAUGAGAAUAUAUAUGAUUGCGGCAAAACAAGCUUUGGGAAAAUGCAUUCCGCCUAAAUGUGGCUAUUAUAAAAUCUUUAUUUAUAGUUAUGAAUUGGACUACAUAAUUACACAACUUAGAUUUUUGUCUAAGCAAUAACUUUUUUUUAUUUAUGGUGGUUAUUUUUAUUUGUUACUAUGUUAUAUUUUCAAUAUUUGUUGAAAAAACUAGAGUUUCAUAUCUUGGUGAAAAUAGAUAUUACAGUGUAUAAAAAACUAUUCUUUAUGAUAUUAUUAACUGAUAUAUAUUAUAUAAGAAAGGGUGCCAAGGUACCUCAUCUGUUUAUAAUAGUUUUUUUAAUAGCAUGUCAAUAACCUUUACCCUUCCUUCUCCCUUAAACAUUUACCCACCUUUGGUUGGUGUGACCGAAUGUGACUGAUGGGCUAGACUGAAAAUACAUAUAGUAAAUAUGUUUGUAGAUUGAGUAUGUAUUAAUAUGUAUAAAACUGUGUUCUUAUAAAGUAAACAAUUGGAUGCUGGGAAGUGAAACUUUUGUGGACUUUUUGUAAGUUAAAAACAUGUUAACUUCUUUCUUUAUCAGUGUAAAUAUUUAUUUGUAUAAUUUGUUCGUGUAUGUAAUAAAUGCUUUCAUGUUUCA